AUGCAGGCCGUGCGCAACGACUCCAAAGACGCAGCUCUCAACGCUGCUGUACCGGAGGGACCGCUCACUCCUCCACAAGUACAACAGACAAAUAGCUCAUGGACACAUCUGGUAGCUGGCGCCGCUGGCGGCAUGGCAACUGCCCUCCUCACAUCGCCCCUUGACGUCCUCCGAACACGCCUUCAAUCCGACUACUACCGCUCCCACCUCAAAUCCACACAUAUCUCAGCACACGCCCGCCCCUCAUUCAUCCGCUCAACAAUCCAGCACUUCAGCGAAACAUUUGAAAUCCUCUUCUCCAUCCACCGCGUCGAAGGCUGGCGCAGCCUCUUCCGCGGCCUCGGCCCCAGUCUCACAGGUGUUGUCCCGGCGACAGCAAUCAAGUUCUACGCAUACGGCAACUGCAAGCGCUUAUAUCCCGAGGUUUUUGGGCUGGAUAAGGAUGCGACGUCGACACAUGCGCUCUCCGCCGCCACCGCGGGCGUCGUGACGGGGACAGCGACAAAUCCGAUUUGGUUGGUAAAGACGAGACUCCAGCUUGAUCGGCACCAUGUGAAUAGUGAUGGGACGACGAGGCCGCCGCAGUACCGGAAUAGCUACGACUGCGUGAAACAGGUUAUUCGGCAGGAGGGAGUUAAGGGUCUUUAUCGGGGACUAGCGGCGAGCUAUCUGGGGGUUAUUGAGACGACGUUACACUUGGCUUCGUACGAACGGAUAAAGGUCGCUGUUGCGCGGCAUUAUGAGCGCCAGGGUAAGGCGCAGUCUAGUGAGGUUACGCAGGGCUUGAUUCUGAGUGGUUCGGCGGCUGUUUCGAAGCUUAUUGCAGUGCUGAUUGCUUAUCCUCAUGAGGUCCUCCGAACCCGCCUCCGACAAGCCCCCAUGGCCGACGGCCGCCAGAAAUACACGGGCGUCGCGCAAUGCCUCCGACUAAUGGUCAAGGAGGAAGGUUUCGCCGCUCUGUACGGUGGUCUGACCGCGCAUAUGAUCCGAACGGUCCCCUCCGCCGCUAUCACGCUGGGAACGUAUGAGCUGGUGCUCAAGUUGCUGAGCGGACGAUGA